GAUACAGAUGGAGAAAAUGCUGGUGGCUAAACAACCGGACAUAGUGGCAAGAUUUUUAUUCUUUUUGUAUGAUUUAACCAAUUAUGUUUUUGGGUUAAAUAAAAAAUCCUUUGGACUUUAACCUGUGCCUAUUGUUCCUUCGCUGCUCGGUCCAUCACAAGUGGUGUCAGAAGUGGGAUACAGCAGUUGAAGCCACAGGAUUUUUUUCUCUCUCUCUUUUUUCCCCUCUUCACUUAUCAAGCCAUGCACAGAACAGGAAGGAGUGGCAAAGGAGCAAAAGGAGAUUGUCAAAACCAGCCAGUUGGAGUGGCAGAGCAAGUGGAAGAAGGAGAGGAAAAUGGAACCUCUGGAGGGGUGGAUAGCACUGAGAGCCAAGUUGUACCAGGUUCUUGGGAUUAAGAACCUGAGGACAAUGCCAUACCACCCUCAGACAGAUGGCCUAACAGAGCGCUUCAAUCAGAACCUGAAACAAAUGUUAUGCAGAUUUGUCAAUGAAACUGGUACAGACUGGGAUCAGUGGCUGCCCUACCUCCUCUUUGCAUAUAGAGAAGUACCCCAGGCCUCUACAGGUUUUUCACCUUUUGAACUAUUGUAUGGCCUGGGGUAUGAGGCCCCUUAUCUCUUCUGAGGGAGACUUGGGAGGGUGACCAAGAAAGAUCACAGGCUGUCAAUGUUGUCUCUUAUGUUGUCCAGAUGUGGGAGCGGCUGGAGAAGAUGACAGAGUUGGCCCAAGCCCACAAAGCAGAAGCACAGCAGCACCAGAAGGCCUGGUACGACCAGUCAGCUCGGCAGAGAUCCUUCAGUCCUGGUCAGAAAGUGCUGGUGCUUCUUCCAAGUGAUGACAGUAAGCUGUUAGCAAAAUGGCAAGGGCCAUAUCAGAUCCAGAAGAAACUGGGACAAACAACCUACAAGGUCGCCAUUCCGGAUCAGCUCCGCUCCAGCAGAGUACUGCAUAUCAACCUGCUUAAGGAAUGGGUGGAGAGACCAAAAGCAGAUGUCUUUCUGAUCCGGGAGGUUUUGGAGGAGGAGGAAGUGGACGAUCAGUAUCUGCCAAAACCCACUCCUCAGGACCUGGAUCUCGACCACCUUUCUGAGGAAAGACAGGCUCAGGUGAGAAACCUGUGUAAAUCAGAUGUAUUCAGUGAAAAUCCUGGUAGAACGGAGAUUGUGGAGCAUGACAUUGUGUUGAAAGAUGGAGCUUCUGUGAGGAGAAUGAGUUACAGGAUACCUGAGCGUCUACCGAUCUCGCUGAAAGAGGAGAUCGACUUGAUGCUGUCACUGGGAAUCAUUGAAUUCUCGAAGAGCGAGUGGUGCCACCCGGUGGUCCUGGUGCAAAAGAAGGAUGUCAGUAUGUGUUUCUGCAUAGACUUCAGGGUUAUCGGCAGGUACCACUGACUGAGCGCUUAAAAGAGCUGACUGCUUUCCGGACCCCGUGGGGCUUGUUCCAGUUUAAAGUCAUGCCCUUUGGACUGCAUGGUGCCCCAGCAACAUUCCAGAGACUGAUGGACCAGGUACUGUCUGACGUCUGAUUUUGCUGCAGCCUACCUUGAUGACAGUCAUUUUCAGUUCUACCUGGGAAGAACACCUGCAACACCU